UGUAUAGUCUCCAUGGUUUUGUUAGCAAAAUUCUUUUUAACCUUAAUUUUAAGGUGGUACGAGAACGAAAAUAUUUGUUAAAUUGAGACACAGUUUGGAACGAAAAAUUUAAAUUAUAAGUAUGUCUGGGCGAGAAGGUGGUAAAAAGAAGCCUUUAAAAGCUCCCAAAAAAGAUUCGAAGGAACUAGACGAUGAAGACAUGGCACACAAGCAAAAGAUGAAGGAACAGCAAAAGGCCCUUCAAGAGGCUAAAUCGAAAGCAUCACAAAAAGGGCCGUUAACCGGUGGAGGAAUAAAAAAAUCUGGCAAAAAGUGAUAAAUAAUUUUUCUUUAACACUCUGCAAAAAGUAAUUGUCUGUUCCUAAUGUGAAGACCAAAUACAUUUUUAUAACUUGUUUUAUUACCUAUUUUUUUUUUUAACAAUAAAUAACAUAAAACUGUCAA